CGGGGCUGCGGCGGGCAGCGCUGCCCGGCGCCGCGGUGCAGCCCAGAGCCGCCGGGCCCGGGACGGCGGCUCCGCGCUGGGGCCCGGCUGCAGCCCAGACGCCCGGGCGGUGAGGUUGAUGAUCCCCUGGUCAGCAACAUCCUGGGGAGAAGAUGGCUCAGCCUGCACCCCUGAACCAGAACCUUCCAGAUCUUGGGGGCCCAUUCUUGUACCGGGACCAGGAUGAUGGGGAGAAGAGCUCCUACUCGGUGGAGACUCCCUAUGGCUUCCUCCUCGACCUGGAUUUCCUGAAGUAUGUCGAUGACAUCCAAAGUGGCCAAACGCUCAGGAAGGUGCCGCGCAGGGCCAGAGGUGCCCGGCAGCCGCCCAGCGCCCUGCGCAGCCCCAGCAGCCAUGCCAGCGCCUGGACCUCUACCGAGUCCCUCAGCUCCAUGGCCAGCGAGGACGGAAGGACAGCCGUACUGCUGUCCCCGCACAGCCGGGGGGCCCCGAGCAAGCCAGCCUCCCAUCCUGUCUCACCGCCGCUGCCGGUGCGGCUGCUGCCUGUGCCCACCCGCAAGGGCCUCAUGCGAAACCCGCGGGUGGAGAAGACCCUGCUGGAGACGAGCAGGAGGCUGGAGCAGGAGCAAGGCCAUUUGCAGGACGGCAGUGGUGCCUCCCGCGGUGGCCUGAGCCAGCCGCUCCCCUGGGCGCCGGUGGGCACCGAGAGCCAGGUGGGCUGGGGCCGGGUGAGCCCUGGCAGCUCGGGGCGCAGCACCCCAGCGGCGGGGCUCAGCACCCCGGCGGCAGGGCUCAGCACCGCACCCCUGCACCACGUGCGGGAGCAGAUGGCCGCGGCCCUGCGGCAGCUGCGGGACCUGGAGGAGCAGGUGAAAGUCAUCCCCCUGCUGGAGACACAGAUCUGCGAGCUGAAGAGGGAGAAGGCGAAGCUGAUGGAGAAGCUGUCAGCAGAGCCCGGCGAGGCUUUUGGCCACCCCCCUGGCUCCGAGGUGGUGGCAGGGGGUGAGGAGCCAGCCCGAUCAGGGCUGGAGGGUGAAGUGGAGCCAGCAAAGGGGCGAGCGAGCAAGAUUGCAGAGCUGAGGAAGCUGACGGAGAAGCUGGCAGUGCCAGAGAGGGCUGGCAGGGCUUGGCCCAGCAGGAGCCCCAGGCCCACCGAGAGGCUGUGCCGCUCUGUGGCGGUGGGCGAGGACCGGGCCAUGGCUGAUGCAGUCUUCUACUACCGGUCCCAGCAGGGGGGCAGCGAUGUGGUGGAUGGCAGGGAGAGGGAGUGCAAGGAUGCGGCCGUCUGGGUGCUGGAGUCCUCGCUGGGGCUGUCCAGCGAGGCAGAGCAGGAGCUGGAGCUGCUGCAGCAGACGGUGGGGCACCAGAAGGAGGUGAUCGCCCUGAUGGAGGGGCACCUGCAGGAGGCCACGCGGGAGCUGGAGGAGCUGCGGCUGGAGGUGUGUGCCCGCAGGCCCCGCGGGCAGGCAGACAAGGAGGUGACAGCCAAGCCACAGGUGGCCGAGGCACUGGUGGAGGUGGCAGUGGCGACGCAGAGCCGGGCGGCCGGAGACACCCCGCAGACGGCAGAGGCAGGCGUGGAGUGCUGCCCACAGACCGCCUGUGUCGGGGUGGGCUGCCGCCCCCAGGGACACGACGUGGCUGUUGGACCGGAUUCGGUGCCCCGGGUUGAAGACAAAGGCAGCCAGACCGACGUGGGCAGCAGCCAGACCGACGUGGGCAGCAGCCAGACCGACGUGGGCAGCAGCCAGACCGACGUGGGCAGCACCGUCCUGGCAGGUGAGGAGGCAGAGCCUGGUGCAGGACAUGCCCUGAGUGCCUCCUCAGUUCAGGAUGCAGGAGAUACAGGGGGGACGUGCCAGAGCAGCCCAGCCUCCAGGGCAGCCACUCCAGAGAUGAUGCCCAGCGGCUGUGACCCACACACAGUGCAGGAUGGCAGAGCUGCUCCGAGCCCUGCAGCCGGAGCCCUGAAGUCCAUCAUGAAGAAGAGGGACGGCCCCCCCCGGAGCGAGGCCGAGGGCAGCAAGAAGAGCCUGCAGUUCGUGGGCGUGCUGAACGGGGAGUACGAGAGCACAUCCAGCGAGGAGGAGGAGGAGGAGGAGGAGGACAGCUCCUCUGAAAAGGCUUCAGCUGACAGCUCUGACAGCGAGGAGCAGGACACGGAAACCUCGGACGAGGAGGCUGGGGAGGGCGAGCAGGAGCCAGGACAGGAGUGCCAGGGGGGUGGAGUGACCCUGAUGGAGCCCCCCGAGGUGAAGGAGAAGUUUGAGCUGAGCCCCAGGAUGCGAGAGGCCUGCCUCAUCGUCAAGACACACCUGGGCCAUGCUGGUGCCACCAAGAGCAAGGAGGUGCUCGCCAGCAGCAGCCUGGUCCUGCAGGAGUGGUUCCGUCUGUCCAGCCAGAAGUCCUCCAUCCCUGACACAGUUGCCAACCACCUGCUGGCCUUCGCUGAGCUCUCUCCUGCUCUCCUGGCUCAUGUAGUGAACCUGGCAGAUGGCAACGGCAACACAGCUCUGCACUACAGCGUCUCCCACUCCAACUUCCACAUUGUGCAGCUGCUGCUGGACACAGGGGUCUGUAAUGUGGACCACCAGAACAAAGCUGGCUACACAGCUCUCAUGCUGGCAGCGCUGGCGGCCGUCGAGCAGGAGGAUGACAUGAACGUGGUCAGGAGGCUCUUCAGCAUGGGCAAUGUCAACGCCAAGGCCAGCCAGGCUGGGCAGACCGCGCUGAUGCUGGCCGUCAGCCACGGCCGGCAGGAGAUGGUGGCCGCCCUGCUGGCCUGCGGGGCCGACGUCAACCUGCAGGACGAGGAGGGCUCCACGGCUCUGAUGUGCGCCUGCGAGCACGGCCGCACCCACACCGUCCAGCUGCUGCUGGCCCAGCCUGCCUGCGACGUCUCCAUCACUGAUACUGACGGGAACAACGCCGUGGCCAUCGCGCUGGAGGCUGGGCACAGCGACAUCGCUGUGCUGCUCUACGCCCACCUCAAUGGCACCAAGGCACAGCCUCCACAGGGGAUAUCACCAAGGGCCCCGAAGAGCCCUGGCAGCCCCAAGACAGCAGAUCAGUGACCCUGGGAUCCAGCUGGGUGCCAGUCAGCACCAUCAGCACUGGGCUGUAACUGAUGUCCCUUCACCUGCCACUCCUGUGUGUUGAACUGCUCCCCGCACUGCAGAUGCUCCAACCCUCCUGUCACUAGGAGCAGGCCUCCUCCCUGGGCCUCCCUUGCCUCUCUGCUGCUGACAGCAGCCCACACAUGGCCACCUUGCUCCUCCAAGUGACAGAAGCCAAGCAUCAAGUGUAGGGUGUGCCCUACCCCCUCUGCUCCCUGCUGUCACCACUGGAGCUGUGC